UACACUUCAGGACCAGCUAGAAUGCUAGCCUAGUUUAAGCUAACCUGUUUUCUUUUACGAUUUUAUUGUAAUACUUAACACUUUAUUUACUUCAAUAUUGAGAGAUGGAGAACAAUCAAGAGUCCAAAGAAAGCACGGACCGGUCCGACCUGGUUUCUGAGGACGGCAAGAACAUCAAGACUGUGGUGUGUCAGCGGUGCGGAUCCAAGGUGCUGUGCCCCGGGAUGGCUGUGUUUGCAGAGAAGGAGCUGUUCCUCCCAUCCAUGCGGAAAAAGAGCGGCCUCAGCACCACAGAGGGCUCAGCGGACGGGGACACUCUGACCGCCCACUGGUUUGUGGACGACAUGUACACUUUUGAGAAUGUGGGCUUCACUAAGGACGUGGGGAGAAUCAAGUAUCUCAUCUGUGCAGAUUGUGAGAUUGGACCAAUCGGCUGGCACUCUUUGGAUGACAAGAAAAGUUUCUACGUUGCAUUGGAAAGGGUUAAUAAUGUAUAGUCUGAACUACAUGAACUUUAAAAAUGUGCUGGCAAGCUAUGCAUCUUUCAUGGAUUUAAUCCAUUACACACACACUUAUAUACACUGGUAUGUGUACAUUGUUUAUGAUUACUGACGGUGACACUAUCUUUCUUCUCAAUCACACUGACAGUGUGAUUAUCUUGUUCUAAUAAAGAUGUUUUGGGGAAGCUGUUAUUGAAUACCA